ACUUGGUUACACCUCAAAUAAAACCCUAUAACCACUUUACCUUUCUUCUUCAUCUGCAAAACAACCCCAUCUGCAAGAAACAUAGCCAGAGAGAAGAAAAAAAAAACAAAAACCGAUAAACCGCAUCUGCGACCCGCGAUCUCGCCGAAAUCCUAUUCACCAUGACUAAAGCACACGCUAAUUGGUCUCCAUAUGACAACAAUGGAGGAUCUUGUGUUGCCGUUGCCGGAUCAGACUACUGUGUGAUUGCAGCAGAUACGAGGAUGUCCUCUGGUUACAACAUCCUCACUCGUGAUUACUCCAAAAUCUCCCACUUAGCUGAGAAAUGUGUUAUGGCUUCUUCUGGUUUUCAAGCUGAUGUGAAGGCUUUGCAGAAGGUUUUGUCUGCUAGACACUUGACAUAUCAGCACCAACACAACAAACAAAUGAGCUGCCCUGCAAUGGCUCAGUUGCUUUCAAACACACUUUAUUAUAAACGCUUCUUUCCUUAUUAUUCUUUCAAUGUGUUGGGCGGCCUUGACAGUGAAGGAAAGGGAUGUGUCUUCACAUAUGAUGCUGUUGGUUCCUAUGAGAGGGUGGGAUAUAGCUCUCAGGGUUCUGGAUCCACUCUUAUCAUGCCUUUUCUUGAUAACCAACUCAAGUCCCCCAGCCCACUCCUUUUGCCUGCCCAGGAUGCUGUUACUCCACUGUCUGAAACAGAAGCAGUUGAUCUGGUCAAAACUGUUUUUGCAUCUGCAUCUGAGAGAGAUAUAUACACUGGGGAUAGAGUUGAAAUUGUGAUCCUAAAUGGCAGUGGUAUUCAUCGUGAAUUCAUGGAGCUAAGGAAAGAUUGAAGUCUUUAUGCAGACAUUUAUGUUCAUGAUAGACUUGUACUUGAAUGUUUGGAGUGCUUCUAAAUUCUAAAUUCUGAGUGCUUCUAAGAUUCAGACAUGCCUUCCAAUUUGAACUAUUUCUAGUCUGUUGACAUUGUAACUAAACUGUGCCCUUUUACUUUAUAUCUGCAUUGGAUGUUAUCUGAGCCAGUUCUAAAGUGGAUUGUAACUAGACUUGCCUUUAUACUUUACAUGGAUAAACUAUAUCACUUCAA